AUGUUAUCGGCCGGGUUGUGUGUAGUGGCAGCACUGCUUGUCGUCUGUGUCACUCACUGGAUCUACAAAUGGAGGAACCCAAAGUGCAAAAACGGAGUCCUCCCUCCUGGUUCCAUGGGCCUUCCUUUCAUUGGGGAGACCCUUUCUUUGAUCGUUCCCAGCAACUCUCUUGCCCUUCACCCCUUCAUUAAAAAGAGAAUUGAAAGAUACGGGCCGGUUUUUCGAACAAAUGUUGCAGGCCGCUCUCUCAUUGUAACGACAGAUCCUGAAUUCAACUAUUUCAUUAUGCAACGAGAUGGGAAGUUAGUAGAAUCAUGGUACUUGGAUGCAUUUGCUAAAGUUUUUGCACAAUCUGGAGAGAUUCAACCAGAUACGGCCUACAUCCAUAAAUAUGUGAGAAAUACCGCUUUGCGUUGGUUCGGCGUGGAGAGCCUCAAAGAUAGGUUGCUUCCUCAGAUUGAAGUAUUGGCUAGGAAACUAUUGCCAAGUGGUCAAGCAAGGAAUCGAUUGAAGUGA